GUGGAGGCAGAGGAAAGGGAGGUGCCGGACGCGGCGAUCACGCGCUGGCGUAGAGGUGAUAGCAAGGAGACGGAAGAGGGGAACCGAGGGAAGGGGGCUUCGGGAAGGUGGAGGAGGGACGUCCAAUCCGCGGGCGACCCGGCUCGCACGCUGGCCAAUCAGAGUUCGCCUCGCGCACAAUGUGUCCCGGCGAGGGCGGUUCUCCAUCACGUUAGGGUGCGUUGGGCGGUGGCCGGGUAUAAAAGACUCCGCCCGAGCGGGCGGCCGCCAUUCUGGGGUUCGUUUAGAGGUUGAAUUUUCUCGGAGAAAGACAGGCCGGCCAUCAGGAAAACAAACAAGCCUCAGCAACAUCUAAACCCUUGAAAGGAUCCUGAGAGGGGGGAAAGGGAAAUCAGCCACCAGCCCAACCACUCGUGUCUUCUGCCCCUCCCCACCUAUCUUGCCCACCCCACCAGCCCACGCUGCUUGGGACUUGAGAUCUGUGGCCGAAGGACCGUCACCACAUAACUUCAAAAAUAAUCAACCACCUUCCCUGCCCAAACCUACCCAAUCUCACUCAUCCAGCAUUUCCGUUUUGGAAUCCACUCAGACUUUUUUUUUCAACGACCCCCUCUCCCUAAAUGGAGUUGGGCGGGGGGGAAAUGAAAACUGAGUUGGUCUUUACUUUUUUUAAAAGAGACUUUUUGAUCCAAUGAGGCCCCACAAGUAACUGAGUUUGGGUCCUGGUUGGUUGCUUUAUUUUUUUUCCUCCAAAAUUUUACCCCUCCCCCCUGAGCCCGAGGUGCUGACGUCGCAAAAAAAUUGGAUAGUAAGUGUCGAAUUUUCAAAAACCAGCCUUGAACAAGAAAUCAACGUUUCCCGUUGUGAAACCAAAAAUAAUGAGAGGAAGAAAUGAGACCAUAGAACAAAUGUAGAGUACUGGAGAGAAGGACCAAUCGGGUCUCUUAAAUCUCCAUUAAAGGUCCUGUGGGUCUAAACAGUCUUUGUUCUCUCUCCCCUACCACCUGCCUCUUCCCUGCUGUGGAGCAGGCAAGGGAGAGGGUGAAGGGAGGGCCAGCCAGUGAGGAUUUUGACGGUUAACCCUUGAUAAUCCAGCAGAUUUCCAGACUGCCAGAGCAUAAGCCUUUGCGAUAAUAAGGAGGAAUGGUUACCUUCCUCUGGUUAGCAGUCUUCAAAAGGGUUAAUGAGCUCACAUACAAAAGAUGGUGGAUCUUGUGGCCCAGAAGUCCCACUUCUUUGUGUGUGAGACAAGCAGAACGCCUUUCAAUUUGCCAGAUUAAUAAGCAAUCUGUACAUAAAGAUUGCAGGGUAAGGAGAUGGGCAGAGAAAUAUUAGCUGGCUAUGUCUUUAAAGUGACUGUUAAAUCCUCUCUAUUUUAAUGUAAUUUGCUUGGGAUAUAUUGUGUGGUUAAAAUAGGUGGCAAUCUAGGAAUAAAGAUUGCAAGACACUUAAAUUUAGGGCAAAAAUCAUAGUAACAAGUACAUACAAUAACAUUUGGGGAGGUAAAGAAUGUCUUGUGAUUGUUUCAGCUUGCAUAGGUUAUUUAAAGGCAAAAGUGAUUAACAUUUUAACUUGAUACUUUUUUAGUGGGUGGUGGAUACAGCUAAGAGGGUGGAAAGGUUGGGAAAUGUGGAACUCAGGAGUAUAAUUUUAAAAGCCAUUAGUGCAUUUGAAUGCUAUCUUUCUAGAAGAUUGUGUCGUUAAAAGAUUUUUUUUUUCCUCCCUGCUUCAAAUAUGGCGACUUUUCCUUGCUUGUCCUUUUGUCUUGCAAGCGGCGUUGCAGGUUGUGUCUUGACCCAUUUUUCUCCUGUCCUCCCCCCUCGGUCCUAUUUGUUGAGGGGUCCAAGUCCUACCACUUGGCUUUUGUAGGGAGGAUUGGGAUGGUCGGCGGUAGUAAGUUGAAUUUUAGUUGCAAAUUCAGAUUCUUAUCCCGCAGAAAAUUGUAUAUUAAUUGAUUUUAUUUUCAGUAAUAGGCUCUUAAACUGAUUUAAGAUAGGUCAAGUUGAGGGUGGUGGUCAGAGGGAUGGCUUCUGUUUGUUUUUUGUUUUUGUUUUUUUAACUUAGUGCCUUACAGUGUUAAGUAAAGCUACCGGCAGAUCUGCCCGGCCUUUUAAAUUUUGAAUCUUCUCCAUAACAAAAUGGCGUCCCUCUCCUUUGUUUUUCUCCUUUGCCAGUCAGCUUAGGGCUUCCCUAGACGCUUGGUCAAGGGGGUGGAGCCACCGUGAAAGGUGAUGUAAUCAGCUUGCUUCCUCUGAAGACUCCGCCCCCAAGCAGCUGUCUUCUCUCCCUUUGCAGAUUGCUGUUGGGGAGAAUACGUUUUGGGUUUUUUUUUUUUUUUUUUUUUUUCUUGUUUCUUUUAUCUUAUAUGAUAAAUCUUCCAGGGAUAAAAGCUUAAUGAGCACUAGGGAUGGAGGCUGUCCAGGUCCUUGUGUAUGUAGCUCUAGGUUUUGUGUUAAAAGUCAGCCCAUUGCCUUGGUUUCACCUUCCACUCAUCACAACUGCUUGGACCUAUUCCGUGCUUCAGUGGACAGGGGUGGAAAAAAGCUCAACCCCGACUGCUUUAGAGAGACUUGGGCAAGACGCAGGGCCUGAGGGAACUGCAGUGUGCCAUGCUGUUCAGGAAGGGUCCUUACACUACCUGGGUAUUGGUUGCUUUGUAACAGUCUGGGGAAAGGGUGGGUACUGGUAGGACUUUCUUGUAAACCAUCCUUAUUCUCACCUCUCAGUUUGGGGAUAAACUCUUUGUGCUCAGUGCCAUCACCUGCAGUUGCUUAGUUCCUGUAUGUUGGCACUAGGAUGAGAAGUGAAUCUUUAGGAAAGGAGGCUGCAGUUUAAACUCGAGGCAGGGGGAGUCAAGCUACGGUUUCUGAAGCCACCAUCAUGGGUUCAGGUCCCAUAGACCCCAAAGAACUGCUCAAGGGCCUGGAUAGCUUCCUUACCCGGGACGGAGAAGUGAAGAGUGUGGAUGGAAUUUCCAAGAUCUUCAGUCUAAUGAAGGAGGCACGAAAGAUGGUGAGUCGGUGCACGUACUUGAACAUAAUCCUGCAGACCCGCGCUCCAGAAGUGCUCGUCAAGUUUAUUGAUGUCGGUGGCUACAAGCUUCUGAACAACUGGCUAACAUAUUCAAAGACCACCAACAACAUUCCUCUCCUACAGCAGAUUCUGCUGACUCUGCAGCACCUCCCGCUCACUGUGGACCAUCUCAAGCAGAACAACACAGCAAAACUAGUGAAGCAGCUCAGCAAGUCAAGUGAGGAUGAAGAGCUCCGGAAAUUGGCAUCAGUCCUUGUCAGUGACUGGAUGGCUGUCAUCCGCUCCCAGAGUAGCACCCAGCCUGCAGAGAAAGAUAAGAAGAAAAGGAAGGAAGAGGGGAAAAGUCGAACCACGCUUCCUGAGCGGCCUUUGACUGAAGUGAAGGCUGAGACCCGGGCUGAGGAAGCCCCAGAGAAGAAGAAAGAGAAGCCCAAGUCACUUAGAACUACGGCACCCAGUCAUGCCAAGUUCCGUUCUACUGGACUGGAGCUGGACACCCCAUCUUUGGUGCCUGUGAAGAAGAACUCCAGCACUGUGGUUGUGUCAGACAAGUACAACCUGAAGCCCAUCCCCCUGAAGCGGCAGAGUGCCACAGCUGCUCCAGGUGACGCUGCCCCACCUGCAGAGAAGAAAUACAAGCCUCUCAACACAGCCCCCAAUACCACCAAAGAAAUCAAAGUGAAGAUCAUCCCUCCACAGCCUAUGGAGGGCCUGGGUUUUCUGGAUGCUCUCAAUUCAGCCCCUGUCCCAGGCAUCAAAAUUAAGAAGAAGAAGAAGGUACUAUCGCCGACUGCUGCCAAGCCCAGCCCUUUUGAAGGGAAAACAAGCACCGAGCAGAGCACAGCCAAACCUUCCUCCCCAGAGCCUGCACCACCUGCUGAGCCCAUGGACACGGACCGCCCUGGCACCCCUGUUCCCCCUGUUGAAGUUCCAGAGCUCAUGGAUGCAGCCUCUUCAGAGCCAGGAGCUCUGGAUGCAAAGCCUGUGGACAGCCCUGGAGAUCCCAACCAGCUGACUCGCAAGGGCAGAAAGAGGAAAACUGUGACUUGGCCUGAGGAGGGCAAGCUGAGAGAGUAUUUCUACUUUGAACUGGACGAAACUGAGCGAGUGAAUGUGAACAAGAUCAAAGACUUCGGGGAGGCUGCUAAGCGUGAGAUACUGUCUGACCGACAUGCUUUCGAGACAGCUCGGCGACUAAGCCAUGACAAUAUGGAGGAGAAAGUGCCUUGGGUGUGUCCCAGGCCUCUGGUUCUGCCCUCACCUCUUGUCAUCCCUGGAAGCAACAGCCAGGAGCGAUACAUCCAGGCAGAGCGGGAGAAGGGCAUCCUUCAGGAACUCUUCCUGAACAAGGAGAGUCCACAUGAACCUGAUCCUGAGCCAUAUGAACCCAUUCCCCCAAAACUCAUCCCCUUGGAUGAGGAAUGUGCCAUGGAUGAGACUCCAUAUGUCGAGACCCUGGAGCCUGGAGGGUCUGGUGGCUCACCUGAUGGAGCAGGAGGCUCCAAGCUGCCUCCAGUUCUGGCCAAUCUUAUGGGAAGCAUGGGAGCUGGAAAGAGCCCCCAGGGCCCUGGAGGAGGCGGCAUCAAUGUUCAGGAGAUCCUCACUUCCAUAAUGGGCAGUCCAAACAGCCACCCUUCAGAGGAGCUGCUGAAGCAGCCUGACUACUCAGACAAGCUCAAGCAGAUGCUGGUGCCUCAUGGGCUCCUAGGUCCUGGUCCUGUGGCCAAUGGCUUUCCACCAGGAGGCCCUGGGGGCCCGAAGGGUAUGCAGCAUUUCCCCCCUGGUCCUGGAGGGCCCAUGCCAGGUCCCCAUGGAGGCCCUGGUGGACCAGUGGGUCCACGUCUCUUAGGUCCCCCACCACCUUCUCGGGGAGGUGAUCCAUUCUGGGAUGGCCCAGGUGAUCCAAUGCGAGGUGGCCCAAUGCGUGGGGGUCCAGGACCUGCUCCCGGACCAUACCACAGAGGCCGAGGGGGUCGAGGAGGAAAUGAGCCACCGCCACCACCUCCAUUCCGAGGAGCCAGAGGAGGUCGUUCCGGAGGAGGACCACCAAAUGGCCGAGGGGGUCCUGGUGGAGGAGGCAUGGUUGGAGGUGGUGGGCACCGCCCCCAUGAAGGCCCUGGAGGGAGCAUGGGCAGUGGACAUCGUUCCCAUGAUGGCCCUGGAGGGAACAUGGGCAGUGGACAUCGUUCUCAUGAUGGCCCUGGAGGGAACAUGGGUGGAAGUGGUGGACAUCGUUCCCAUGAAGGCCCUGGACACGGAGGACCCCAUGGACACCGACCACAUGAUGUCCCUAGCCAUCGAGGCCACGACCAUCGAGGGCCACCACCUCAUGAACACCGUGGUCAUGAUGGCCAUGGGGGAGGCGGCCACCGAGGGCAUGAUGGAGGCCACAGUCAUGGAGGAGACAUGUCAAACCGCCCUGUCUGCCGACACUUCAUGAUGAAGGGCAACUGCCGCUAUGAGAACAACUGUGCCUUCUACCACCCAGGGGUCAAUGGGCCCCCACUGCCCUAGCCUGCCUGCCCUACCCGCACCCCUGUGGACUGCAGCCUUGCUCCUUCCACUUGGUUAUGGCUUCUGUGAGGCCCACUGUCCUUUUCCCCAGCUGAUGAGGAGCCGGCCCCCUCAGUUCCCACCUGGUUGGGUUUCUGGGGGUUUCUGAUUCCUGGUGUGCAUUGAUGUACAUAGUCCCCUCCAGUCUGGAGAGGAGAGAGACUGGACACACUCUAGAUGCUGGACUGCUGAGACGGCUGGCUUCACUCUGUGAGGAGAUUUGCCCUGUGCCCCAAACCCUUUCCAGUAUUAGCCCCGCUGCCUGAGAACCUAAAGCUGGUCACUCUGGAGACCUCUGCUCUCCACAUGCACACAGAACUAAGUGGGUCAGCUGCACUUAGGAAACCAUCUAAGCUAAGCUCAUUAUCCUCACAGGGCGAGGGGGUGGUGAGGGGUACCAUCUAUCCCACUGCACUGCACUGCACUGCACUGAGGGCUCAAGCUGGCUGAAGCUGAGUUCUGGAACCACCCCCACUUGUGCCCCACAUGGGCCAGUCACUGUUGAGUCCUUUCUCAAGAAAGACUGCAACUGUUACUUCCCAGGUCAUCGUGGGUCUGCUAGGUUCAGUGAUGGCACGUUCACAUCUGUAUCCAAGGAAGUUGUUAUCUGGCAGAGGGGCAUCCUGUAGUGUUGGGCCACUCCUGCCUACAGCGGUAUUAGAGACUCCGUGAGACCAGCUUUCAUUAACUUUAGCCGGGUACAGCGGGCCUGAAACACUACAUGCACUGCCUUUGGGAGUGGGCCUGCUCCUUCCUUACCCCAUGAGGAGCCCUGUCUGAGGCUUCCUGGGCAGACUCAGCAGUAGGGGCCCUUCCCAGUCGUCUCCUCCCCUUGUCUUGGCAUCAGUUGUUUUCUAUGAAAACAGUGGGUUGGUUUUGUGAAGGGUCUUGGGUUAGAACCACAAUGGAUUUGAGGAGUUUUUCUUUUGGUUUUGUAUAUUUUGUACAUUAAUAAUAAACAGUGGAAAGAGAAGCAGCUCAUUUAA